AUGAAGGACUUCAAUGAGUUUAUUGACAAGUUGAAAUUGUCAGAUUUGCCUAUGCUAGGUAGACAGUUUACCUGGUGUUAUGCAAUAGAUGGAGAGAGAUGUAGCAGGAUAGAUAGAUUCCUCCUGGAUUCAAGGUGGUUAGAAAAGUUCUCUUUCAAGCAAUGGGGUCUACCUAGAUCCAUAUCAGAUCACUGCCCCAUUCUACUGAAGGGGGAUGAAAGGGAUUGGGGUCUCAAACCCUUUAAGUUCUUGAAUCCUUGGCUUUCAUACCCUACCUUUAUGCCUGAAGUUAAACAGCUUUGGGAGAAUGAUCAAUCAGUUGAAGAGGAGGUGCAUGAUUGGGAUUUGAAGGCUGAAUCUAGAACUCUGGCUGAUGUGGAACUCAGGAAAUGUAGAGAGGCUAGGAGUUUGAUGUGGAAAUUAAGCAAAGAUAAAGAGAGGUUGUGGCUUCAAAAGUCUAGAAUGCUAUGGGCUCGUAAUGGUGAUAAAAACACUAGGUUUUUCCACCUUAUGGCCAGCAGGAGACAGAUGAAGAAUAUGUUAGAUUCAAUUUGUGUGGAGGAGGUGACCUUUGAGGACCCUUUUUAG